AUGUCUGGCUCCCCACAAUCGCCAGAGUCCUCGGCGCUGCAGCAACAACCCUCCAAGCACGAGGCGAUCAACCACGAGGACGUGCACGAGGCGUUUCACACCGAGACCGAUCACGCCAAUGUUCACGCAUACGCCAGCAAUGGGCUCGAAAUCCUACAGGCGGCGAGCGACGCCGCGCAAGGGCUCACGGGGCAUUCAGAACUGCAAGCAGCAGUCGCUGAUCCCAGCGUAGAACCUACGAUCGAGCAUCAUGGCCUCUCCGACGCGUCUGCCGUUGCCGCCCUGGCGCAAGCGCACAUGGCCCAGCCUCAGACGCAGCAUCCGCAGCACGGGCUAGACAUUACGCCCACCUCACAUCAACUGUCCGAGUCACGCGAUCCGACUGUGAACCCAAAGCUCACGCGACUGCGACGCGCGUGCGAUAUGUGCAGCAUGCGCAAGGUCAAAUGCGACGACGCGGGCAUCCCCUGCAAACCAUGUCGUGAGCUUGGCGUGGAUUGUACCUACCAGCGCGAGACGAAGAGGCGAGGACCGCCCAACAAGCAUGCCGAGGCCGCCAAGGCCGCAAAGCGAGCACGCAUCGAGCCCCUACCCGCCAGUUUUCCCACGCCAUCGCCGCAAAUGGCCACAAAGGGUCUUUUGAACCUUACAGCUGAAGGCGUCCAAGAUGCGGAAAGCAUAGCACCAAUGCCGGUGCUGGAGCUGCUGAUCGACGACUUCUUCACGUACAUACACCCGCUUGCGCCUUUCCCCCACGAGCCGACGUUCCGGCAAUCCUUUGCUAAUCGCGAGGACCGCACACGACCAGAGUUUUUGGGGUUGAUUGCGAGCAUGAUCGGUGGACUAGUCGCGUCUUUCCCUCGCAGCGCCAGAGAGCACCUGAAAGCACAACAUAGCACGCACCUUUUCCCGCGCGCUAUUGUUCUGAUCGAGAAGUGUCGGGAUAUCGCGCUAAAUUCCCGCGGUCCCAGAUUCGCAGCGAAGCAGCCCAAGACGCUCGAUGAUGCGGCGACCAGCUACUUCCUGGGUCUGGCCGCCAGCUACACGCACCAGUGGAACCUGUCUCACUUCUUCAUGUCGGAGACGUUGACGUUAAUACGAGAGUUGGGCUUCAGCCGGCCUAAGAACCCAGGCGAGCUACCAACCUUUGGCAACGAUCAGUACUCGCCCGAUCCGCUGCCCUUUAAUCAUGUCAAGGACCAAGUUGGGAAACGCAUUUUUUGGUGCCUGCUGCUCGGCAACAGGUCAUAUGCGCAGCUGGGCGACAGCCAAAUCGGCACGGUCAUCCCGCCUUCGACACCCAACUUCCCCUACCCAGCGUAUCCCGAGAACAUCGACGACAUGUACAUCCUCGCCAACCAGAUCAACGAUCAAAACGAGGGCAAUGCAUCUUUACUCACAGGGUAUCGGUUUGCCAUUGACAUUUACACGACGAUGAACGGCAUCGUCAGCACUGAGCUUGCCUACGGCAUGAGUGCUUUGCAGUGGUCCGACCAGCGGUCCUCGCUCAGAUCGGCCCUCCUCGCCGUCAAAGGGAUUAUCGACGAUCUCCCACUUGAAUUGCAGCUUGGCAACCACGGCGAGGUGGACCCGAUGGAUGCGUUUGAGGAAACGACCAUGCAGUAUGUGCCGCCUUUGUGGCCUACUGCACAGCCAGCCCACGAUCUGCGGAAUGUGUUCAAGACGCAGCCGCACCGACGGCGUCAACUCCAGUAUGAGAUCCAGAAAGCCAACAUCUUCACGUCUCAGCUGGCAACUCGCUCCUAUUUCGUGGAGCUCUACUUCAAUCUUCGUGAUGUGCAUCUGGCGAACCCGCACAGCAUGAUCCAUCUUACGCCGGAGCAGAAAGUUAUUGAUGACGAGGAAGACAAGGAGACACUCUCUCUGAUGACAUCGGAGCGUGAGCUCAUUGUCGAGAACCUCUUGACGGUUCUUGGAUCCAUUUCCCAGCGCAAUCUCGAACCGAAUGGCGGCUCCAUAAUCAACAAGAUUCGGCAAGUCGCAUCGACGCUCUUGAACGAUGCGCCGGAGCGGAAGGGCCCCUUUGCCAUCAAGUCUGAGGAGGCGCUGUCCCAGCUGAUUGACGUGCUCAUGAAAUUGGAGAAGACAGGUCCCGCUGGCACCACGAGGGCCAGCGAUCCAAUGCAGAUGACAGCGCAGGACGAGGAGGAAGAGCUGCGGCAUUGGGCCGAUCUGAGGGACUAUCAGCUGCGCUUCGCGGCGCAUGGUGGGUUCACGGGGAACAUGUUGGGGCAAUGA